AUGUAUUCACCAACAGUUAUAAUUCUGAUUGUAUUGAAUUUUUUUUCUUGCAAUUUAUCCGAAACUGCUUUUGAAAUUAUUUGGAAUUCGCCAACGGAAGUUUGCAAAAUUAAAUAUAAAAAUGACCUACAAUUAGAGCUUUACGAGAUACGAGCAAAUUUAGAACAAAAGUGGAGGGGCGAAUUGAUAAACCUCUUUUACCAUACUCAAAUAGGUUCCUGGCCACUUAUAAUCGAAGAUAAAACCACAAAUAAAAAAAAUGAAAUUAACGGUGGAAUCCCUCAGAGAGGUAAUGUUUCCAUGCAUCUCAAACAAAUGGAGCUUGACAUAGAAAAAUAUAUGCCGAAUAAAAAUUUCGAAGGUUUAGCUGUGAUAGAUUUUGAACAAUACUUGCCCUGGUGGAGUUUAAUGGACUUUGACGUGAGUGUCUCAGCAAAUAUUCAUGUAUUUUAUUACGUGCAAAAUUGCCUGCGAAGACGAGGCGGAGACGCAUCCAUAGCUUAUUUCAAAAGUCGUAAUCCAUCUAUAACAAAUAACAGCCUUAUAGUCGAAGGAACUAAAUCAGAAUAUGAAAAUGCUGUAAAAUUAUUCAUGAUAAAGACACUUAAAAAGGCUAAAGAUUUACGACCAAGGGCCAAAUGGGGAUACUAUGAUUAUCCAACUUGUGCUAGACAAGCUGAGAGCGGAUAUUUUUGUGACAAAAAGCAUAAAGGACUAAACGUACAAACGAAUUGGUUAUACAAAGAUAGCCUGGUUUUGUUUCCGAAUUGUUACAUAAAUAUUAGGACUAUACCUGAUGCCGAAAAGAGAGCUAUUUACAUUUUAAAGAGAAUGAACGAAGCAAAGAGAAUGAGCAGAAGAUCAGGUCCUGAUAAUAUGCCAAUAUAUGCUUACAUUCGGUAUCAUUAUGAAAAAGAACCUUUUCCGACAUUUUUAUCUAAAGUCGACAUGGAAAAUAGCAUUGGACAAGCUAUAGAUACUGGAUUAUCCGGAAUAAUAGGGGAGACCAGGGUAGGUUGGAACAUUUUCGUUCAAACCUAA